GAACCCUAUUUCCGGAGAAAAACAUUGAGGGAAAUCUUCACCGCUCGAGAGGAGACAGUCAUGGAUUGAAUCAGGGAAAAAUAUACUGGAUCGCGUGGAAAUCUCAGUAUUUUCCAGCCAUGGCGGAUAACGGGAAUAACUCUGGAGUUCCUCGUGGCAUGAGACUAAUUGUUCGAGCUUGGGGAGCGUUUUCAGCGCUUUGUUGUACUGCCUUAGGUUUCUUUGUCAUGUUUACCCUGUCUGCGUCUUGCUUUGGGAUGGGGCUUAUGAUGAUUAUUGUAGGUGCUUUCGUGAUGGCGUUUGAGGUGCCCGCCUGCUGUCAGUACAUGGGAUGGAUGGUCACUGUCAGUGACUGGGUAGAAAAGCACUUCAAAUUUUGGAUGAGAGGAGUUCUAUAUUUUCUGGUGGCUAUAGUACCUAUUGUCAUGUGCCUAGAAGUGUCGACAUUCAUCGGUUGUGGAGCAAUAGUGAUAACAGCUGCCCUAUAUGGUGUACUAGCCAUUGGCAGAAAGGGCGCAGCAGCUCAGGAUAAUAAAGGACAAGAUGUGGAAAUGAAGACAAACCUUGUUGACAAACAAGGAAAUCCUUCAGAAGGCCUUCCCUGACAUUCAUAAAAUCACCCAUGCAUAUAACCCUACUGCUAUCCAUACCACAUUACCAUCUGGGGUGAAUGGUUGGGUACCAUCUCCUCCUCGCAGGCAUUUACUCUGUGAUUUAACAUAAAAAAACUACAUCUUGUUUGGACAUGUAAUCAGUGCUAACAAGAUUGUGUAAAGUGUAAAGCAGGCUAUGGUAUACCCUGGUUCCAGAGCCUUGAAUGUCUCUCUAUUUACAGUACAGCCUGGAAGAAACUUAACAUUUUGUGCGCAUUUUCUGCACGAAUUUUGAGCAUAUUUUGCGUGUAGUUUGAGUGUAAUUAGAUUCAUACACUCAAACUACAAGCACCUAGGGUGGACUACACGCACCAAACUACAUGCACCUGAUGUCCGAGGCUCUGGAAUAAGGAUAGCUAUGGAGAUCUCUCAGGGGAAGAUAGUCUUUUUUGCAACUUCUCUCAGUGUCAGGCACACAGACAGAGCGGCUGCUAAACAGACUAUGGGGACUGGGGAGUAUUUAAAAUGUUAAGCAAUAACAAUCACUCAAAUUAAAUCACUCCUGAUUCACAGAUAUUUUAAUGGUUAUAAAUAUGUUAAUACUGGAUUAUAAUUUGAAAGGUAUAGGUCUCCUUGAAAGGUUGAUAAUGGAUUAGAUUGCUAAUCACUUUUAACACUCACAAUACAGGCUGAUGAUUGAAGGGAUGUAAGUUAUAAUGAAAUCAUUCAUUGGUGUUAAAAAAAACAUAUGUAGCUUUUUUUUUAAAAAAAAAGCUAGUGUUAACUCAUAUUCUGGGCUCCCCGACAGUUAUAAAUAUAUGUGAAAAGACAGGGUAUGCUAGUUACAUUUAUUAUGUAUAGUAAUAUAUUUGAUAGAGAGGGUAUUUUAUUUUGUUGGAUUAAACAUGUGGCAAAAAGCAUAA